AUGUCUUCGGCUUAUUCCUUGUAUGUCAUGUUAGUUACAAACGAACUGUGGCAUGUCCACCGGUUUCUGCAGCAGUCUUUCGAUACACAAUCAGCCACGGAGCGAGUCAGAUGGCAGAAUGAGUGCAAGGUGGUGGAUGACCGGCUCAUCUUAUGGCGUGCGAAGUUUGCCACUGCGUCGGGACGGAUGAGUACUGAGAAUGGAAACUCGUACGACCCAAAUAUCACAUUGACGCAGUGCACGUUGGAUUUAGCGGUUAUCUCGCUGUAUCAAAGAUUAGCUUUACCGCCUGCUGGAUUGGAGCAAGCGCAAGGUCCUUGGUACCAUGCAAUUCAACGGUGCUUAGAUGCAUGCGACAGCAUCACAACCAAUCUGCGGGGAAUGAAGGACAUCAACCUCGAAAACAUCAGUCCGUUCAUCAUCUCGUGCAUUUUUGUUGCAUCAAGGUUCUUUCUAGUCCAUGCGAAGCUUCUCAAUGUUGAGAUACCACGGAACCUGGACUUGCUCGUGUACAGCCUGAAAACAUGCGGCCUUCGAUGGUCGCUUGCCCGCCGCCUCGAGAAAGUGAUUCGGACAGCUACUGCAGAUCAUAAGCUUCCAUCAUCGAUGUCAUCACUUCCGGUACAGUUUUAUGACCUCCAAUACUCGUAUCUGGACAUUGACGAGGCUCUUCGUGUCUGGGCCGAAGGGUUAGAACCAUGGAUGCAUCUUGCAGGACUCGGACACCCCGCUUUGGACCAAACAUCGAUUUUGAUGCCGAGUGUCAAUCUUGGUAACAUGGAGGACACAACGUUCAUGCCCGCCCCACCCCAGAUCAACCAGGCGUGA